AUUACUUACGGUUGUUUUGAUGGCGACUCAACGAAAUCGUUGCAUCAGCUGUUUUCUUGUAAGGACGCAGAAUUUUCCAGAAAUCUGGCAACGCUUCGCUUCGACUGCUUGUGAUCUUACGCUGCUGGUGUGGAUGUUGCGUAAUUCGUUAUUUUUACGGAAAUCCUGAGUGAAGUAGAAGAAAAGCGGAGAUUUGCUGGCUCCUUCGAAGGAUUUGUAAUGAAGGAGCAGUGAAUUCGAACGUGGUCUGUGCUGGUUGUUUUUGUCACCUGUUUUCGCUGGCAAUCUCAUCCCAUCCCGUGGAGGGAGAGAGUUUUUCGUCGGGAGAGAGGAUUGGAAUUUGAUUUACGUUGAUCCAUCAUCCCUCGUUUCCAGAUCAGGACUGAUAAUUAUAGAAGCAGACGAUGGAUUGGUCACGAGCGCGGGGUGACGAAGGGGCCGCGGGGGGCUCCACGGCGGAGACGGGGGCCUUCAAGGCGGCGGGGAAGGGCUACCGCCUGGGGGCCGCAGCGGCCCGGGAAAAUGACGUGACGGCGGAUAUGCAGGCGCCUGCCAGCGAAGGGGGGCCGACAGGUACGACAGACGGCGCUACGGACGUACGCGACACCGAGGCCGCCCCUUCCCCCGCCUCAUCCUCGUCCCAGUCCUCCAGCCGGCCGCAGGCGAGCGGCAGCGGCAGUGCCGCACCGGAGAAGGAGAACAUGUUCGAGUGCAACAUUUGCUUCGACAGCCCCACCGAUCCCGUCGUCAGUCUCUGCGGACACUUGUUCUGUUGGGCGUGUCUGCACGGGUGGCUGGAGAUGCGGCCGCCGGGCCAGCAGCAGACCUGUCCGGUGUGCAAGGCGGCGGUGGACCGCGAUAAGGUGGUGCCGUUGUACGGCCGCAACAGCAAGCAGGAGGAUCCCCGAAAGAAGGCCGUCCCGCCGCGGCCCCGCGCGCAACGGACGGAAGCGCCGCCCGGUGGCGGUGGCAACGACUUUUUUCAAUUCCCCUUCGGCGGGAUGGGCGGCGGCGCCGGCAACGGCGGCUUCCACGUGUCGGUGGGCCUGGGCCUCUUUCCCUUCAGCUUCCUCAGCGCCGCCUUCAACGCCGCCGGACCCAACGUGAACGCGCCGGCGCAGAACGGACUGGUCAGUCAGAUCUUUUUGUGGCUGGCCGUCAUGCUCAUCCUCUGGAUCAUCUUCUACUGAGCCACGCUGACCAGGCAGUCGGUUUUUAUCCGUUAAUUCCGCGCUCACGCGACUGCACCUCCAUACGGCCUCUUUGUUUUAUGCAUUCUGUUUUAAUUUAAUUUUUCUCCGAUUUUACUGGGUAGCUUUUCUUGGGGAUCUUAAUAAAAAUUAAUUUGACCAGACACCGUCAUUUCCCAGCGCGACAAUUAUACGACUACAGAACUGCAGCCUGCUGGAUUAAUGACGUAUUUAUUGGUUUAAUAAAAUAACCAAAUUUAUUGAUAUUUAUUAUUUAAUUUAUUAACACCCGUAUAUAUUAAUAUCUAACAAAAUAGCCUAAUUAUCUGGAUGAUGUUGGCG